UUGAGUGCGCACGCAGUGCUGCCGGACUGAGGUAACGCGCGGACGUCAAACAUCAACAUGAGGAUUUUUUGUGCAUACGCCUUCGUCGCUUGCAUUGCCGUGGCAAACGCGGGAAUACUGUUGCAACAUGCACCAGCUUGCCCAGAACAAUACGGAGUCCAGGCGUACGCGCAUCCCGAGCUAUGCGAUCAGUUUUUCCUCUGUAUCAACGGUACAUUAACAGUGGAAACCUGCGAGAAUGGUUUAUUAUUCGAUGGUAAAGGAGCUGUACACAACCACUGCAAUUAUAACUGGGCUGUUGACUGUGGUGAGAGGAAAGCCGAUUUGACCCCAUACUCAACUCCCGGAUGCGAAUACCAGUUUGGAAUUUACCCAGACAGCGCGGAAUGUUCCACCAGCUACGUCAAAUGUGCCUUUGGAAUCCCUCAGCAAGAGCCCUGCACGCCCGGUCUCGUUUAUGAUGAGAGGAUUCAUGGCUGUAACUGGCCAGAUCUUCUACAGCCUUUCUGUAACCCUGAAGCCGUCGUAGGUUUCAAGUGCCCAACUAAAGUACCAGCGAACACGCAGUCAGCAAAAUUCUGGCCAUUCCCUCGGUUCCCCGUACCUGGUGACUGCCACAGACUUAUCACUUGCGUUGAAGGAAAUCCACGUCUCAUCACCUGUGAGGAAGGCAAGGUCUUUGAUGACCAGAACCUGACAUGCGAAGACCCUGAAUUGGUUCCUCAUUGUGGUCACGCGUAAAAAUAAUAUAAAGUAUUAGUUUCAUGAACCAACAUUCCUAUCAGUUACCACUAAUCAGUUAUUAUAAAGUAAACUAUCACAAUUGCUAAUUUAUUAUCACAGGCCACUUUAAUUAUACACUUAAAUCCUUGUUUUAAUCAGUACAUACACUUAAUUGUUGAACCACGAAGUACAAUUAAAGAUAUAUUGUUUUUAUAUAACUGACAUUUAUAACUAAAGUAUUAGAAAAUUGUUUCCACCAAAUAAUUUAUUGGUCAUAUUUAAUAUGCUAUAUAAUACUAAAACCCAUUUUUGAGUGAUAUUAGUUACCAUAGUUUA